GAUGCGAAGGAGAUGCAGAGGAAAGAAACGACGAAGAAGAAGAAGGAGGAUAAAGAUGACAUGAAGGAGAUGCAGAGAAAGGAUACACUAAAGAAGAAAGAGGAGAAGGAAGACAUGAAGGAGAUGCAGCGAAAGGAUACGUUGAAGAAAAAGGAGGAGAAAGAAGACAUAAGGGAGAUGCAUCGAAAGGAUACAUUAAAGAAAAAAGAAGAGAAGUAUGACAUAAAGGAGAUGCAGCGAAAAGAUACGUUAAAGAAAAAGGAGGAGAAAGAAGACAUAAAGGAGAUGUAUCGAAAAGAUACCUUAAAGAAAAAAGAGGAGAGAGAAGAUAUAAAAGAGAUGCUACGUAAGGAAACAUUAAAAAGGAAGGAUCAGAAGGAGGAUGCGAAGGACCUUCAGCGUAAGGAGACAUUAAAAAGGAAAGAGCAGAAGGAGGAUUCAAAAGAGCAGCAACAGAGGGACAAACCGAAGAAGAAGAAGCAGAAGAAGUCUCCGAAAGAGCAACACCAGGAAGAAAAAAUGAUAAUAGAACAGAAGGAUCCGCAACAGCAGAUAGGCAAAGAGGAAUUGUUGCAGCAACAGGUAACAAAAGAGCAGCUUCAGAAAGAGGAAGAAAAAGAAGCCGCUGUAAAGGACGAAGAAAAAUUGCAGCAGCAACUGGAACAAGAGAAACAAUUCCAAGAAGAGCAGAAAUGGUUGAAGCAACAGGAGGAGGAAGAACAGCGACGAAUUCGCGAGGAGAAGAAGUUGCAACUGCAGCUGGAGGAGUUGAAGACACAAUGGUCGCAGCAACAAGAGUUGAUGUUCCAAAGGGAAGAAGUAGACGUCUCGUUGCAGCACGAGAUACAGAAAAGAAGAUACGAGGAACAAUUGGAGAAUCAGCAAUUCCAGCAACUGCAGUUGCAGCUGGAGGGUCGGAAGCCUCAGGUAGAAAAUAGGCUGGAACAACGACAGGUGACGGAACGAAGGAAAUCGAAGAAGAGGAAAGAGGAGAGGGUGGAAAUUAGGGUGCACGAAGCGGAGCCGCAGACAGCUCCCGCAGAGGGCGUAACUGGCCUCUAUAUAAAAUUAGUUGUGAGACAAGAGGGUCGAGCAAACUUGGUUUGGCUGUUGAAAACGCACAAAUUCUAA